AUGGCUCAAGAAGUACCUAGUCCAUCACGAGCUACAAUGUAUUUCUGCCCAGAAUGCAAGAAAUCAAUCAAAAAGCUACCCCAACUACAAAACAAGGUACAAAAGACUGAGGAAGAGUUAAAAGAAACUAAAGAGCAAGGUGAUACAACAGUAAAGAACCUGGAAGAACUUAAGAUUGAAGUAGACUCACUUAAAGGUUCGGUGGAGCAAAUCAGAAAGGAAAAUGAUGAAAUUCGGAAGGAAAUAACACUAAAGAAGCUUGAAAUGAAAGUAGAGACAAUUAAAACACCAGAAGUAACCAACAUUGAGCCAGCAUUAUUUGAAUUAGAGGAAAGACGGCGCAGAGCAACCAAUGUUUUAAUAUUUAGCGUUGAAGAGUCUGGAAAAGAUAAUAUGCAAGAAAAAGCAAAAGAAGACCAGGGAAAAGUCGCAGGGCUAUUUUCAAAAAUGAACCUUAGACUACCUGAAAUGGCUAAAGUAUACAGACUUGCAAAGGAGAGAGCUGACAGGAAAAGACCUCUUAAAGUAAUCCUGCCAACAAAAGAGGAAGCGUUGAGUGCACUCAAAUACAGAAAAGUACUCGAAGAAAAUCAAACCGGGAUUUACAUAAAGAGUGACCAAACAGAAGUCCAAAGGAAAUUCUUAAAAAAAUUACUGGCAGAGCUAGAAAAACUUAAGGCAGAAGAAACCUGGUUAAAAGAAAGCAUGAGCGAUAGCUUGAUUCACAUAGAGGCACAUACCGCGAAGACCGCCAAAAUCAAAAAGGAGGUGGUGUAUGUAUCCUAG